CAGGAUGUAUUUCCUUUUCCUUAUAAGUCUCAGUAGCCCAUACAAAAUUCGAAUUCAUUCGUGUGUUUAUUCCGUUGUUAAUUUUUAAUUUUCUACUUAUGUUUAUAUGUACGGACCUUUUAUAAGUUUGACAUCAUGGUGAUCACAUUGAGAAGGGCAUUUAAGAACGUUACGAUUAUAGCGCUGGUCAUCUUAUAUCUGCCCGGAUUGUCGCCUAGAACGACAUUCCCCUUCACGAAAUUCUCGAUAACCAAACCAAAAAAACUGGAAGGUGCUCUAGAGCCAAACCAUCGCCUGGAUGGAGCUGAACGUCUCCUAGAGGGUCGCGUUUUUGGCCCCGAGUGUCUCAUAGCGAAAAGUAAUGAAAUCUACACAGGUCUGCGGGGCGGAAAUUUAGCCAGGAUAAUAUUGGAUGGAAGUAAAGAUGGACAAAUUGCGUAUUUUGCAAAGACUGGGCGGGCCUGUGAUGAUAUCUUCCAGUUUUCUCUCUGCGGACUACUUUUGGGCCUGGCUUUUGACUCACAAGGAAACAAUCUGAUUGUGGCUGAUGGCUUCUUAGGCAUAUGGGAAGUGGAUCUGGACACGAACAAUAAGUCAUUGCUGGUGUCGACACAGCAGGAGCUGCCAGGUCAGACUGUGAAUCGCCCAGGCAAGCUCUUCAACGGUGUGGCAGUCAGUAGUCAAGGGAACAUCUACUGGACCGACUCCAUGUCGGACGACCUGCUGUAUGCUGUCGUUGCCAAUCCCUCGGGCCGCCUUUUCAGAUAUAAUCGAGCCAACAAUGUAAUCGAGGUUCUUUUGGAUGGGCUAUUUUUGGCGAAUGGUGUGGCCCUGAGCCCUGAUGAGGACUUUAUUGUCGUGGCCGAGACAGCGGCCAUGCGCCUGACCAAGUUUUACCUCAAAGGACCCAAGGCUGGUCAGAGCGAGAUAUUUGUGGAUGGUCUGCCCGGUUUGCCGGAUAACCUGACCCCCGAUGCCGAGGGCAUAUGGGUGCCAUUGGUCAUUAGUGUAGACAACCGGAAGCCAAAUUUAUUUGCCAUUUUGGCCCCUUAUCCGCUGUUACGCAACUGUAUAGCCCGAUUGCUGGCCAUGCUGCUUUUUCCCUUGCGCUUCGUUAACAGUUUAUACUCCAAUAAGGUUUACCCUGUGGCUUUUCGUUUCUUCAUCAAGUAUAUUCAGAUGCACAGCGCCAGACGAACAACUGUGGUGCGCGUGGACUGGAAUGGCAAGAUAGUGGACUCGUUACACGGCUUCGAUUCGACUGCUUCUGGAAUUUCUCAUGUCUUGGAACUCGAUGAGUACUUGUACUUGGGAUCGAGCUUUAAUAAUUAUCUGCUACGUAUAAAGAAUCCGUAUGAGAAAAACAAAACUUUUGGUGCCAAUUGGUGGUGGUAAAAAUGAUUGCCUAAUAAUUGAUACUCUUUACAUUAAAGGGGAAAGAAAAGUACAAAUCGAAUUCUGUUGAAUUGAUAUAUUAUAUUUUGUAAAAUAUAGUUAAGGAGCAAUUGCACAAUG